GCGAUGAUUUCGCCGACGUCGAUCCGCAAGGCGAUGUUUCAUCGCGGCUGAUUGGCCGCGCUGAGCUCUACGCGCAGCAGGUUUUUUGCAGGUUGUGGCAGGUCUCAGCGUUCACAGGGAAAAACAUAAAGAAAAUGUUCGUCGACAUGGCCCAACUUAUCCUCUCCAACGGAAUGCUAUGGGAGCUCGACUACCACGAGGAAAGCGCCUCUGAGGAAAGCGAAGAGGAACGAUGCUCGAUCAUGUAA